AUGAAAGCCUACCUAAAGAGCGCAGAAGGCUUUUUUGUCCUGAAUAAAAGUACUACUGUUGGAAGGCAUGAAGACUCAGACCUUGUUUUAGAGUCUGCUGACAUCGACAACCAUCAUGCACUUAUUGAAUAUAAUGAGGCCGAGGACAGCUUUGUUCUCCAGGACUUCAAUUCCCGAAACGGCACCUUCGUCAACGAGUGCCACAUUCAGAAUGUGGCCGUGAAGCUGCUACCCGGAGACAUCCUGAGAUUUGGGUCUGGAGGGCUGACCUACGAACUGGUCAUCGAAAACCCACCCUCGGUCUCCUUCCCAUGGAUGAGUGGUUCGGCACCUUGGCCAAGACCACAGCCACCUCGAGCCACACAGCAGUCAAAACAGUCACCCUCACCACCACAGAUGCCCUUCCGCCCAGGCAUCCGGACACCACCAGUGCAGAGGAGCUGGUCCCAGGGGUUUCCCAGACCCACCAUGGUCCCGCCUGCCUCCCACAAGCGGCCUGUGAGUGCUGGUGGGAAGAUGUUCUCCUUUGUGGUGGAUAGCACUCACAGGCCUCCCAUCAUCAAGCAAGUGUGGACCAAUGCUGUGGAGCUGUCGGAACAGUCAGUGGUCGAAGGAAUUUCCGGGGCAGGACCUUCCAGGGAUAUUUACGUGGACCAGGACCCAGCCCAGCAGGAUAAGGAUGAAAUCAUUCUGCUGCUGGGGAAAGAAAUCAGCCGUCUCUCGGAUUUUGAACUUGAAUCCAAAUACAAAGACGCCGUGAUAGCGAAGCUGCAAAAUGAAGUGGCCAGCCUGAGUCAGAGGCUUUCGGAGUCCGCCUCGUCCAGGCAGAGUCAGUUCCAGGAUCUGGAUGAAGACAUCGAUGCCAAACGCAGAGAGAUCCAGAGCUUGAAAAACCAGAUCAGUGCCUUACAGAAAGGCUACAGCCAGGUGCUGUGCCAGACCCUGUCUGAGAGGAACUCAGAGAUCACAUCCCUGAAGAACGAGGGCGAGAACUUGCGGAGGGACAAUGCCGUCACCUCAGGGAUGGUGUCAUCAUUGCAAAAAGAAGUGUUAACAAGGGAUGAGGAGAUUCAACAACUCAAACAGGAGGUGAACCAACUAAAAAGUGAGAACAAAGAAAAGAAUCACCAGCUUGAAGCCCUCAGCUCCAGAUGCUCCAUGCUGAAAGAAGAGUUAAAGAAGGAAGAUGCUCACAAGGAGCACCAGGAAGCCCAAGGGAAAGAGUUAAAACUCUGCAAAAUUCAAAUCCAAGACAUGGAGAAAGAAAUGAAGAAGCUCAGGGAGGACCUGAAGAAGAGUUGUACUGAACAGAACAUGAUCUCUAAAACGCUGCGAGAAAAGAGCAAGGUUGAAGAGAAGCUUCAGGAGGAUUCCAGAAGGAAAUUGCUCCAGCUACAAGAAAUGGGGAACAGAGAGAACCUCAUUAAAGUCAAUUUGGAAAGGGCAGUAGGUCAGCUGGAGCAUUUCAGAAGUCAAGUCAUCAAGGCCACCUACGGACGGGUGAAGCCGUUCCUGGACAAGCCCAUCACCGAUCAACAGCUAAUAGAGAAGAUUACCCAGGUCACCGAGGACAACAUCAACUUUCAGCAGAAAAAAUGGACGCUGCAGAAGGAGACUCAGCUCAGCAAUUCCAAACAGGAGGCAAUCACGGAGAAUGUCGAGAAGCUGAAGGCAUCUUUAGAAAGCUGCCAGGCUUGCAUGAAAAUGUCCUGCUGUAGCAAGGACCUGAAGAAGGAGGUGGACAUGCUUCAGACCCUUCAGGUGAGCCCACCUGUUUCAGGGCUCCAGAAGGUGGUGCUGGACAUCCUGCGCCUGUCGCUAUCCUGGCUGGAGGAAACGGAACAUCUCCUCCGGGACAUCGGGAUCCAGUUAUCCAGCUCGGACACAGGAUUGUCUUUGUACCUGGAAUAUCUUCUGGUAUAUUAUAAAAAAAUUACAAGCCAAACCCAGGAACUUCAGAUUAAGAUCCACAGUUCUCAGGAAACUCAGCAGUCUUUCAUGCAAGAGAAGCUGCGGGAGCAUCUGGCAGAGAAGGAGAAGCUGAAUGAGGACAGGCUGCAGCAAGAGGAGAGGCUAAAAGCCAGAAUCAAACGGCUGAUGGAAGAGAAGGCGGCUUUGGAGGAAAGCAUUACUCAAGAGAAAAACAGAGCAAAAGAAGCUUUAGAAGAAGAACAGAAGAGAAUCCAAGAGCUGGAGAAUCGUUUAGCCUGCCAGAAGAAGGUCUGGGAGGAAAGCAUUACCCAAGAGAAAAACAGAGUGAAGGAAGCAUUAGAAGAAGAACAGACCAGAGUCCAAGAGCUGGAGAAUCGCUUAACCCGCCAGAAGGAGGUUUUGGAGAGCAGCAUGGCCCAUGAGAAAAGGAAAGCAAAGGAAGCUUUAGAGACAGAAAGGAGAAGAGUUCAAGAUCUGGAGAACCACUUGACCCAACAGAAGGAGAUUUCAGAAAGCAGCCUCGCCUACGAGAAACACAAAGCAAAAGAGGCCAUAGAGAAGGAAAAGAAGAAGGUGCAAGAUCUGGAGAACCACAUAACCAAGCAGAAAGAGGAAAUAGACUUAAAAGUACAAAAAGAAGAUGUUUUAAAUAAUAAAUUAAAUGAUGCACUGGCCAUGGUAGAAGAGACUCAGAAAACCAAGACAGCCGAGAGCCUAAGAGCAGAGAGCCUCACCAUGAAAUUAAAUGAAACGUUAGCUGAACUGGAAACCGCCAAGACAAAAAUGCUCAUCAUGGAGGAGCGGAUACAGCUGGAACAGCAGACAGUGAAGGCCCUCCAGGAAGAACAGGACUCACAAAAACACGGAUUUGAAACAGAAAUCAGGGAAUAUAAGGAGCAAAUCAAACAGCACUCCCAGACGAUCGUGAGCCUCGAAGAAAGACUCCAAAAAGUGACUGAGCACCAUAAAAAAAUAGAAGGAGAGAUUGCAACCUUGAAGGACAGCGAUCCAGCCCAGGAGGAGGUGAUGCAGCGAGACCCCCCAGCGGCACCUCCGAUGGAGAGCAGUGUCAAAGACGAAGUAUGUGACACCUUGAUAGGGGAUCUACUGACCGCUCAGAAGGAAAUCCUGUCUCAGCAGGAGGUCAUCAUGAGGCUAAGGAAAAACCUCACGGAAGCCCACAACCGAAUGUCAGAUUUGAGAGGGGAGCUUAAUGAAAAGCAGAAGAUGGAACUGGAGCAGAACGUGGCGCUGGUCCAGCAACAAAGCAGCGAGCUGAGAGCGCUCAAGGAGAAGAUGGUGCAGCUGACGGGCCUGGUGGAGAGGAAGGACAGGGAGCUGGAGGUCCUCAAGGAGGCGCUCAGGGCCUCCCAAGAGAAACACAGAGUCCAGCUGUACAAGGAGAAGGAACAGAAGCCCAGGAACACGGCCCAGAUGUGUGACAUCUCGGUGCAGAUAGAACCGGUCCACACUGACAUUCUCUUGAGCAGUCAAGAGGAACAAUCCUUCAGGGAUCUAGGGGCCAAGUGCAAAGGGUCCCGACAUGAGGAAAUCAUUCAGCGUCAGAAAAAGGCCUUGUCUGAACUGCGUGCGCGAAUUAAGGAGCUUGAGAAGGCCUGCUCAUCAAAUCAUAAGGACCACCUGACUGAAUCCUAUCUAGACUUAAAGACGGUCAGAAUGGAAAAAAAUGUCCAGAAAUUCUUGCACGCAAAACCUGAUUUGCCAACUCUCUCAAGAAUAGAGAUCGGAGCGCCUCAGAAUGGCCUUGCCAACUCAGCCAUCCCAGCCAUGGAAAAGUCAGGGAAAAUGGAUGUAGCUGAGGCUUUCGAUCUCAGUGAAAAGCUGUACAUGGACAUGAGCAAAACGCUCGGGAGUCUGAUGAACAUCAAGGACAUGUCCGGUCACAUAUCCAUGAAAUACCUCUCUGCAAAAGAGAGAGAGAGAGUCAACCAGCUCCGACAAAGGGACCUCGAUCUGGUGUUUGAUAAGAUCACCCAACUCAAGAACCGGCUGGAGAGAAAAGAGGAGCUUUUGAGAGGAUACGAAAAAGACAUAGAACAGCUCAGGCAGAGCAAAGUGUCAGUGCGGAUGUACCAGUCACAGGUGGCAAAGCUGGAGGACAGCAUCUACAAAGAGGCAGAAGAGAAGGCUCUGCUGAAGGAGGCUCUGGAGCGCAUAGAGCACCAGCUGCACCAGGAGAAGAGAAUCAACAGGGCCAUCCGGCAGCAGAAGGAACGUUUAGAGGAUCGCCAACAGAGAAAUGCAAAAGAAUCAACACCUUGCAACUGUUCCUUCAAAGAGAAAGAGAGGCAGAGACGAAUGUUUGUAGAGACGGUGAAGAACAAGAUGCAGAAUUCAAGUCCCCAGGUUGGAUCCAGAAAAGCCGCCCCAAAGAUGGACCAAGAAAGGGAGACGCUGAAGAAAGACACAUCCAGCAAAUCCAGCCAGAGCCUUCUGUUUUCUAAGCCUGGUGACAGGAGCUAG